AAAUUAAUCACCAUUACAUACAAACAUCACAAUCGACUGACAUACAAAUCAGUAAUAUAAAGACAGAUGAUUGGAAAUCUAGAAUCCAUUCAACUCAAAUUUUUCUUACAUUUUAUUCUGCCAUUAGAAAUGUAGUCACCAAUCUCUUGGACAAAAUCAAUCAACAAGAUAAAAAACAAACGAACAAACAAACUAGGAAACAACCAUUAUGUAACAAACCACAACAUUAUUCAUAAUCAAUAAUAUUCAAAUAUAAAAUUCGCUCUCAAUCUAAUUCAUUUAAAGAAUUCAUGUUCAUUUAAACAAAAGUUUACAUGAAAAUAAAUAAGAAAUUGUUUAAAUUCUAUUUAAAUAAAACAUUCACAAUUAUAAAUAUUCAACAAUGAAAUAAAACGGUGUUUUAUUAUAAAAGUUUAUUCUAACAUGGACUGAUUUAAUUAUUUGAACUUUGAUUACAUUGAAUUGAUAUUUACCCUUUUUAUCUAUAAGCAUAUCCAUAUUAGAUAAUAAUAUUCAGUAAUAUGGUUCUAUCAUUACUAUUAUUAUUAUUAUUGUUAUUAAGACAAGUAAUGAUCGAUUACAUAAUUAAUCCUGUUAAUGAUGAUGAGGAAUAAUGAUAGUGAAAAAAUAGAAUGAUAAUAAUUAACCAUUAACUAUGAAAUCAUUAUGUAUAUUGUGUUUACUUAUUUCAUUAGUAUUCUGUAUGAAUAAUGUAAUAGAAGAUUCUACACAACAGUUACAAGUUCAAAAGUAUAAUAGAAGAGGAAGUCAACCGAACAUUUUCCAGUGCAUUACUUGUAAAAGUGGUACUGGGAAUGUUUUAGGUAUGAUUUUAAGUCCAUCAACAAACAAAUCGAUCAAUAAAAUAAUUGAAACACUUUGUAUGGAAACAGGUCCGUUUAAUACUUCCUGUAGAAUGUUUGCAAAUGAACUUUCAUCACAGGUCUUUUAUCUUUUCCGUCAUAUAGUACCACAAAAGUGGUGUGCUUUUCUCGGUUUCUGUUAUUACCCACCUAUUGUACCUGUUUGUAGAUGUUGUCUCAAUACUGGACAACUGAUAAAAUCAAUGUUAAUGUCGGAACCCUUUCGAUCAGAAUUAUACAAUAACACAUUAGCUAUAUGUGAUAAAUUACCCAAAUUAUCUAUCAUGUGCAAUGCACUUCUACAUGAUAUUUUCAUGGCUAUAACCUUAAGCUUCAGUGAACAAUUUGUAGUUUAUCGACUUUGUAAGAAUGGUGGAUUUUGCUGAAAGUUUCAAAAUGUCUAUAUGAAUAUCAGUUUCCAAACAAAAAAACAUUUAUAUUACAUGAUAUUCGCACAAAUUAAAUAUACUAUUGGAAUAUUCAAAUUCUUUUGUUUAUUAUCAAAAAUGAAUACAGGUUUGAACUCAAUCAAUAACUUAUAAUUGGUUAAGAAUAUACUAGUCAUUUGUGUAGUGCAUAGUUUCAUUCCUGAAUCUUUUUCAAUAGGAUCAUCUAUCAAGUCAUUAUUAUCAGUGCUAAUUGUUGGUUACAGAGAGUGAAAAUUUGGAAAAAUAUAUUCAAACUUUUAGUAAUCACCUACUUUUCUAGACACAAUGAAUCGGUAAACUAAUAUAACAUCCAUGACCUCGCCUCGCGUGAUUCGAACCCAGGACCUAUCGUGGAUGCGCACUGCUGAGGAGUCCCACAAUAGGACGAAACGACCGUCAAGUGUUUCCAGGUUUUCCAUGAUGGUCUAGUCUCAAUUGACUCAUAAUCUCAACUAUUGAAAUUAUUACAAUC